AUGGUCACCACGCGAGCUCGCAAGAAGGCGGUCCUCGCCCAAGAGGAAGCGGAAGUUGCUCGGAAGUUGCUGCUGCCAUUUCGACUACUCGACCUUCCCGCUGAGAUAAUCGGCAACAUCUCUGAUCACCUUGACGACAAGGACCUCAUCAAUGUACGCCGGGUUUGUCGCGCCCUUAGCGCCCAUGUCGCUCAUGCUUUCGGGCAGCGAUUCUUCAGGCAUCUCAUAGUCAUCCUACAUCCUACCAGCCUGACUACACUCUUUGAGAUCAGCCGCCACAAGACACUGUCGAAAUACGUACACCGGGUAACCGUGAGCGGUCAGCGUAUUGGUCACACCCUAUUUACCACGGUCAAUGAAACAGCACACAAUGACUUACAAGCAAGCGUCGAACGGUCUCGUAUGGAUCUCUUAAUUCUUACGGAAGCCUUACGAGAGUUGAAGAGCCUACAGAACGUUCGGGUCGACAGGUCCAGCUUCCGAUGUGAUGCAGGAUGGACGCAGAAUAUUAAGAUCAAAUGUGGUCGAGGCUUGAUGUUCAACAAGGAUUCCGUGACGUGGAACGGGGAUACAUCGGAGCACCAGAACUUCAACCGAGUGUACGAGUUGACUCUACAAGCCUUAGUACAAGCUCAGAUGGACGAAAAGGUCGAGCUGGAUCUCCAAUUCGUGAAUCCAAACGAGGGACGGAACACAUUCAAUUGUCUCGUCGACUCAGAAAGCUGGCGGGAAGGUCUUUGCAAACGACUGCGCUACUUCUCAACUGUCGGUGACAUGGAUCUGGAUUGGCUUGGGCGGCUGCUGAGCUUGAGCACUGGUAUCACAAAGCUGAAACUGAGGCAGAACCGAAGGAAACUAAACUUACUGUUGCUGGCUCGUGAACCAGGUGGAGCCUUUUCUUUUCCUGGUUUGCGACAUCUCAAUAUUACGCGAGCAGUGCUCCAUUACGAAACAUGGCUGGUUUUCUUACGUCUGCAUGCGGCAGUACUGGAGGAAGUUGUCCUACACUCUGUAGGUUUGCAGAAUGGGACAUGGCACCAAGCCCUAGCGACCCUCGAGACUAUGCCCCGCCUGAACAACCUUUCACUGGAUGGGCUACUGGAACAAAUGCCCUAUCAGAACGCAUCGACGGAUCCUCUCGACUGGAACCCGGGCCACUUGUCUCUUCGCAGCCAAGCCGCUAUCAAAGCAGCCCUCAGUGUCAUGCGCGCCGAACCCAAAACUGUUGCGGUUGAUUGGGUAUGGAUGAGGCCACUCGACGGUCCGAACGGGGAGGUGUAUUAUCAUGCAGUAGAUUGCAGGGGGUAUACUGCGAUCGCCAACAGUGGCUCAUGGGACUUCUGA